AUGGAGGAAGGACCCAGCAGGGGAUAUCGAGAGCGUUUAACGGAACAAGACCCUAGUCGCCUUGUCGAAGACACUGGCGGGCCUGCACAGGCUGUAGUGGAGAGUCAAGACGGUGAAGUAGUAGGCAUUGUUGCGACUGGGCAGGCCAACGAGACAGGUGCAACGUGGGCACAGCGGGAGGGUGUGGAAGUUGGAGAAGUCCGGAAAAGGGAUGGAGAUGGCGGCAGUGACAGUAUCGAGCGCGAUUGGGAUCAGGACACUUUUGAUGAUCAGGAAGAUGACGACGACAACGACGAAGAUUUUGACGAUCUCGAUGACUUCGAUCCUUACGAUGACCCUGACGACUCCUACUUCCUCUGA